AUGGCGUACGCUCUCAUGACUGACCCGUGCGUGUCUGUCUUGCAACCUCACAACUGGUUUCCUGGUCACCUGCCUGGUGGAUUAUAUCGAAAGGUGAUUCUACCAACAUCCUUAUUCUACCUGUGUCUAGCUAUUCCUUAGACCACCAAACAGUGUGAUUAUGACUUCUGUUUUCUCAGUACUACCUUCAGCAGUCCACUUUUUUUUUAUCUGACUAAUCUUCAAAGGCACAAGAAUCCUGCCGUACGACGACAGUGUGCAAUACAGGUGUGCCACAUCACUGAACGCCUGGGAGGUGUCCGUAUCCUACAGUCUGCGAACUCCGCUAACCGGAGCACUUCUACCGGUCUCUCCUCCUGGAGUUCAAUGCAUGCCAUGGGGUCUUCUGCCGCCUCCGCCACUGGACCUAAUUCCUCGCAGGUGGUUGCUGAACGCGUCAUUCACGCACUCGGCCAGUUUCUACUGGACGGUAAUCAGGAGACCAGGUGAACCUCCCUUAGGGAUCAUCACUUAAAUGCAACCACCAUUUGUCACCCACCCACUUAGCCUCGUCUCACUUCCCGAAGACUAGAUACGAUAAAAUGUCACCUUUUAACAUGUUUGCGUCUGUAGGUACUACGGUAGGAGGAUACUGUCAAAUCUGCAGCAGAGUCCAGACUUUGAGCGGGUACUCACACGCUAA